AUGAGCGACAGCCAACCAGCCAAGCGGAUUCGGGCCCUCGACCCAGACGUCGUCAAUAAAAUCGCCGCAGGUGAAAUCAUCGUAGCGCCUGUCCAUGCACUCAAAGAGUUGAUUGAAAACGCCGUCGACGCUGGCUCCACCUCGAUUGAGAUCCUUGCCAAGGAAGGCGGAUUGAAACUGCUUCAAAUCACCGACAAUGGCUGCGGCAUUCAGAAAGACGACCUGGUGCUGCUCUGCGCGCGGCAUACCACCUCCAAGAUUACAUCAUUCGAGGAUCUCACGUCAAUCUCCACGUAUGGAUUUCGAGGCGAGGCCCUGGCUAGCAUCAGCCACAUCGCUCACCUUACAGUGACGACAAAAACCAAGGACUCCAACCUCGCUUGGCGUGCUCAUUAUCAAGAUGGACGCCUUGCAUCACCCAAACCUGGGCAACCGGCGGAACCAAAGGGGGUGGCAGGUCGCCCUGGGACACAAAUCACCGUGGCAGAUCUAUUUUACAAUGUGCCGACACGUCGCAGGGCGUUUCGGUCGCCCGCGGACGAAUUCAACAAGAUCAUUGACAUGGUGGGCCGGUAUGCGAUACACUGCAAGGGGGUUGGGUUCACGUGCAAAAAAGCCGGCGAAUCCUCAACGAGUCUUUCGGUGCAGGCGCACGCCACGGUGAACGACAGGAUACGACAGAUCUACGGGGCGAGCGUGGCGAACGAACUAAUCAGCUUCAAGGCGACAGACGACCGUUGGGGCUUCCAGGCGGAUGGCUUGGUGACCAAUGCAAACUACCACAUCAAGAAGACGACGCUCCUUCUUUUUAUCAACCACCGCUCAGUCGACUCGCCCGUCAUCAAAAAGGCAGUCGAGCAGACGUACAGCGCAUAUCUACCGAAAGGAGGGCACCCUUUUGCCUACCUGAACCUGGAAAUCGACCCUGCGAGAGUGGACGUCAAUGUCCAUCCCACAAAACGAGAAGUGCAUUUCCUGAACGAAGAUGAGAUUGUCCAGGCAAUCUGCCAAGAAAUCGAGACCAAGUUAUCGGAAGUCGACGCCAGCCGCACUUUCAUGACCCAGACACUCCUACCGGGGGCGGGGCCUAUUGAUCCGUCGCCCCCUCCUGACAGCAUCAAGCCGCAGACGUCGUAUGCAGCCUCUGGCAGAACCCCAGCGAAGAAUCCAGCCUCACUCGUACGGACUGACACGGCCGAGCGAAAGCUCACAAGCAUGUUCACAUAUAGCCCCGGGUCAAGCAAGGCGUCCAAAUCCGGGGACCGGGCGGAUGAAUCUCUGUCGAAACCGGAGACCAUUGAGUACCAGACAACCGACAGGGAACCCACGCUCUGUCGACUACGAAGUGUCAAGGCCCUGCGAGCCGAGGUGCGAGAGAAGAUGCACACGGAGCUUACCGAAAUCAUCUCGACACACACAUUUGUCGGGAUCGUUGACGAGCAGAGGCGCUUGGCAGCGAUUCAGGGGGGCAUCAAGCUCUACUUGAUUGACUAUGGUCACACUUGCUUCGAGUACUUCUACCAACUGGGAUUGACGGAUUUCGGCAACUUUGGGUCCAUCAAGUUCAACCCACCGUUGAACGUGGAAGAGCUCGUUCGCAUGGCAGUCAAAACGGAGCGCAAUGGUUUGGAAGGCACAGACAGAGACUUUGACGUCGAUCGAGUGGUGCGGAAAGUAGUCUCCCGCUUGAUUGAACGGCGUGAGAUGCUCCUGGAAUACUUCUCCUUUGAGGUCUCGGCUGCGGGCGACCUCUUCAGCAUACCGCUGCUCGUCAAGGGCUACACGCCGUCACUGGCGAAACUUCCGAGUUUCCUUCUCCGACUGGGACCGAACGUGCAGUGGGACGAGGAGCAGCCCUGCUUCGAGACGUUUCUGAGAGAGCUCGCCACGUUCUACGUGCCGGAGCAGCUCCCCGCGAUCCCGGGCGGCGAGGGCGGCCAAAGGGAAGAGAACAUAUCCGAGCAUGUCAGGGCCAGACGCCAACAUAUGGAUUGA